AGCGCAGGGAGACGGAGACUUUGUGCUGAUGCUACCACAUUCGCUGCUUUCAGUGUGGCCCGUGUCUUCAAUGAGUUUUGUCACGCCUUAGCGCAAGAGCAGCGGUUCGAUCUCGAGAUCCCUACUACAUACUGUAUAUAUCCAUACCAUAUAUAUCCUCCAGAGAUCAGCAGCAGCAGCAGCGAAUUAAACGACUUAGAAGUUUCGGGUUUCAUUUGACCGUAUCCAAUCCACACAAAAUGCUUACUCCUUGCCUGCUGCUAGUCGCCACAGUCGCCAGUUUCAGCCUGCAGGCGCAGGCCAUCCGGGUGGACUGGGGCACGAACCCAGGACCGAUCGCACCGCCUCCGCCCCGCACUACCCCGCAGCCGCCGAAGAAGCCUUACCGGGAUCCAGCGCCCGUCUGGGAGGACCAGAGUGAUGACAUACCCAACCCCAAUCCCUAUGUCUACGUCCUGCCCCCGCCUUCGCGCCCAAGGACCUGGGCGAUUCCCGCCGGACCCUAUGCUCCGCCCAACUACAACAACCAGCCGCCUAGGGGCAACAACUACGGCCUGCUGGCCACCAGUUCUUACAGCGGGGGAGUGACCUCCGUGCCGGGCCUGGCCGCCCAGUACGUGCCCGGACAGGGCAUCAAGUACACGGCGAUCGUGAUGCCCGACAAGCUGCAGGGCAAGUACAACGCGAAGACCAAGAAGUACAAGGCCUACGAGAAGGCCAAGAACGCGUAUCCCUGGAACUAUUUGCAGCAGUUGCCGGUGGAGGAGAAGGCCUUGGAAUGGCAGGCGGAGCUCGAGAAGCGGCUCGACGAGGAGCAGGCCCAGUCCGCCACGAGCACCACUUCCAGCACCUCAACAACCACCAGCACCACCACCACCAGCACCACCACCCCCGCACCAGCACCUCCAUCCUCGGACAGCACCACAUCUGCCCCAUCGACGACAACAUCUUCGAGCACGCAGCAGCCCACAACAAUUGCCAAUUACAAGCUGGCGGAGGAGAAGAGCGCCCAUCUGAAGAAGCACAACAAGCAGAAGAAGCUCCUCCAGCUGCGCAUGGAGCAGGAGAAGAUGGCGGUGAAGAAGCUGCAGCAGGAGCGAAACUCGUUGCAGACCAGUUGAGCGGUCCAAGCUGCGCUGCCAGCUGAGGAAAAACAAGAAAACAUUAAAGCGAACAUUACCUUUAAGACUUGCCCACAAUGUUGUAAAUAACUAUUAAUAAAAUUAAACAUCCCAUAAUAAAACCUAAUCGAAAUUAAGGAA